AAUAAUCCCAGUCUUUCGCAUUCCUGCUAGUUAUACAGGAAGUUCCAAUAGUUUGUUUCCUGUAACAUCAGAGUAACAAAAUGGCGUAUAUUCCUGCUACUUGGGAUAUGUACGACUUGAUUCAAGGAGUUUUACAGGCUCCUUGGUAUCACAUGGUUUUUGAAGUAGCGCUUAUAUUAUUGAUCUUCAAGAUCUACGUAUCUCAGAGUUUCUCUCCAGAAAAAACUGUUCUAACUGAGAAGGAAAAAGACUUGCUUGUAGAAGAAUGGCAGCCUGAGCCUUUGACCCCCAAUGUACCAGAUGAUCAUCCUAUUAUACAGUCUAUGGAAAAGUACUGCAUUGAAGGUCAAAAUGGAAAAUAUAUCACAGUCAAUGGAAAGUCAUGUAUCAACAUGUCCACCUUUAAUUUUAUAUCUAUGGUUGGAAAUAAACAGAUUCAGGAUAGAGCAGUAAAAGCCUUAAGGGUCUAUGGUGUUGGGUCAUGCGGCCCAAGAGGAUUUUAUGGGACCAUGGAUGUUCACUUAGAGCUGGAAGAUGAACUGGCCAAGUUUAUGACCAGUGAAGAAGCCAUUCUCUAUUCAUAUAGCUUUGCCACCAUAGCAAGUGCCAUUCCAGCGUAUUCGAAAAGAGGCGAUAUCAUAUUUGCUGAUGAAAAUGUUGGCUUUGCCAUACAGAAGGGCCUCAUUGCCUCCCGUAGCCACAUCAAAUGGUUUCGUCACAAUGAUAUGGAACACCUAGAGUCACUUCUUAUAGAGCAGAAUAAAGCAGAUAAGAAAAAUCCUAAAAAGGCCAAAGUGACUCGACGAUUUAUUGUUGUGGAAGGAUUGUAUCUGAAUACUGGAAAAAUUUGUCCCUUGCCCAAGCUGGUGGAACUCAAAUGGAAGUACAAAGUUCGAAUUUUCCUUGAAGAAUCGAUGUCCUUUGGUGUUCUUGGAGAAACUGGCAGGGGUGUGACAGAACAUUUUGAUAUAAGCAGGGAUAAUAUUGACUUGAUUGCUGGCUCUCUGGAGAAUUCCAUAGCUUCUGUUGGAGGAUUUUGCUGUGGGAAGAAGUUUGUAAUUGACCACCAGAGACUCUCAGGUUUGGGAUACUGUUUCUCAGCUUCACAGCCACCUAUGCUUGCUGCGUCUGCUAUUGAAGCCCUUCACAUUUUGCAAGAACAACCCCGCCUACUUGUCGACCUCCGAGAAAAAUGUGAAAAGAUUCAUGACAAACUAAAGAAUGUUACACACAUCCAGCUUAUUGGGGACCCAAUAUCACCAAUCAAACAUCUGAUGUUGACUGAGCCAGCCAGUGAUCGAGACCUUGAUAUGCAUACCCUGGAAAUGGUAGUGGAUUAUGCCAUGAAUGAAGGUGUUGCACUGACCAUUGCACGCCAUCUUGAUUCUGAAGAAAACAAUCUCCUACCUCCAAGCAUACGCCUCUCUGUCAACUGUGAACUGACUGAUGAAGAAAUUAACAAAGUGGUGUCUGUGAUAUCUGAUGCUUUUAGGGAGGUGUUACAAAAAUUAAGUUCUGUUGACAUGAAAAGUCCACUGGAUUCUGUGAAACAAGGAGAUGGGGAACAGAUAGCAUCACGCUGAAGAGUUUCUCCCCUUAUGCCUUCGAAUGUAUUCUGCUUG